AUGGAUGCGGAUACAUGCCUGCAGGCCCUCGUGCGAUGCCACGAACAGUUCAGCACCGAGAACAACCAGGAGAAAGAUAUACCAUGCGACGAAGAAGAACGGACAGGGCCGGUAGAUGAGUUCUCAGGACCGCACAUUGCCAGGCGAUUUGCCGAAGAGGCUGCGAAAGUGCUGACCAAAGAGGAACUUGAUCAGCUCACCAGAUUUCUCACGAGUCCCAAGGCCCGCAACCACGCCCCAACCCAGAUUAAAUCCCUAGCACAGGCUGUCCAGACCUUUUACGAAGCGGAGCCUCGGAUAUCUGGCCUGAGUGCAGAGAGACUCACCAUACCUGGGGGCCCCGAAGAUGCGGACUUUUGUAUUAUCCUUCACCUGGCAACCGGGAGCCUACUAGAGGAGAAGGGUAUUAACGAGAAGGUUGCCUUUGGAUAUGACUGGCACUGGAGAGCCGAGGACGCGUCGUACCUUGCAAGAAGCGAUUGUCCAGUACGGAAAUGGCCACAAGAGCUCAGACAGCUCCACAACCAACUAUCGAAAGACAUACUCGACAUCCUACCGCUACCUUUUAUUGUGACUGCAUCUGGAUGUACAAGAGACAACAUCCGGAAGACACUGUCACCAGCCAGAAAGUCUUUCGACAUCCAAAUCUCAGAAACGACCGCCCUGAAAGUUGACCUGGACUUUCGUGAAGAAAGUACCUCCAGCAAAAGAGAUCUACCGAGUAAAUUUCUUCGUCGCCUUAUUAUCCACGUACACCACCCAGCCUCCGGUUUUGCGUCGACACUAGAGAGACGACCAAGCAUGGCGAGUCAGAUUGAUGCAGGCCUGAACUUUGUCAUGUGGCUAACAGGGCAAAAACAUGACGCCACCUCAUUCCGUCGUACAUACAGCCAGGCUGGGCCCGCUGGGAAACGGCCAUCUGGCAAGCGGCCCGCACCACUCGCGGAGAUGUAUGCGUAUAUCAGAAGGGAGCAUAAGGAAGAGAGGACGCUGGAGCUCCUAGAAUACACACCGUCAUUCCUCAGCUGGGCCACAAGGUACUUGCUGCAGGAUCCAGCCCAGAUACUUGCACGGGGCCACUCGGUCGCUGGAACAGUGCUCCUGAAAAUCCGGAGAAACAUGAGAAUCGCCCACAAGAAUAGGCCACCGCAGACAAAGAAGAGAGGAAAGCCACCAAAAGAAAUCACUACACCCGAGACCUUAUUCCACGGAAAAACAGUGGCAGUACUUCGAUGCGGGGCAGUUAAGCUUAGCUCACCCAUCUUCACAUUACGAUUCCGGAUGGCUGUUGAUUCUGCAAAGGCAAUCAUUUCAUUGAAAGAAGAACCGAGGAUCUAUUUCGACGCCGAUGGAAUUGUUCUUCGGAUUAACGACCGGAUCGUCUACCAAAAGCCAAUUGAGCGAUUGCUGACAUCCAUAAAUGGCGAGGAAUGGCUAGUCCAGAUUACGAAUGAGCUACGAGCCCUAACAGCAAACUGUGCUUUGAAAGACGGUCGCCCCCCUACCUCACUCGUUGUAAAACCCCAUGACGCCCGACUUGGUGCGAGGUGGAAGAACGGCGAGCUCCAAAGGAAACUGAUUGAGGGUAGCAUAUUCCCAUGCACCGAGAUGAGUAACAUAGCAAAGGUGGGCCGAGUCUACUUUCGGGGAGUGCAAUUGUAUAUCCCCAGAGAGGCGAAUUUCGACACGGUUUUCGUCCAAUGCGAUUUAGUCCCCGAAGGGCUUCGGCACCCGAACAUGUGCCCCUCAGCCUGUGAAGAUGGAGACCCUGCAAUUCGUCUUGGAAUAAGGAUCAGAUACAACACCCAAGGAAGCAACGAGCAGAGAGAAUAUUGGGCAGCCCUCAAAGGCGCAAACAAUACGAAGAUAUUGAAUUCGCUGGUGGAUUUUCUCGAGGGGAAAGAUGAGGAGUGGACGGAAAGCCAGCCUCGACGGUUUCUUCCCAGAAGCGUCUCCCGAAAGAGAACGAAGAUAUGCUACACGACAUAG